GCGAACUCUCGAAUCUUGCAAAUCGAUCGCACCUAUACAGCCCCUUCCUAGAGCUACCCCUAAAGAAAAAGAGCAAAGAAAAACACUUAAGACUUGCUGAAUUUGGAAUUGCGUUGUGCUGGCUGAAAAUAAGAGGAUUCGAUAAGAGGAUUUUGUCCCCACCAAUCUCUCUGUCAUUACGACCACCUGCGCGGUUUUUAAGUACCAAAGCAAAUGAGGCGGAGAACGUGCUUCAGAAAUGAGGCGCAAAUAAUCCUGAAGUAAAGACGCUUCGCUAAAAGUUUUAAAAUUUGUCGCAAUACUAAUUCACAAACGGAUACAACGAAAGGCGAGGUUUCGCACAGCUGGGCAUGCUACUGGCAAAUGUGGAAAGGACGUAUCUGCUUUUGACGGCGAUUCACAUUUUACUCGAUGAUAAAGUCGACGCGGAAACAUUCACUUUGGGUUACAUCACCGGCUCGAAACGACGUCCAAAGGAUUUGGAGUAUCAGCGUCCCGGUUUCCGGAUUUCGGGCGCUAUCACUCUAGCCGUGGAGGAGGUAAACGCAGGUGAGCUCGGUAGGCGAGGGCAUAAUUUGGAUUUUCUCAUUGCCGAAACUUAUGGCGAAGAAGAGACUAGCAUACUCGAGGUAGCACAAUUAUGGAGAAAAAACGUUAGUGCAUACAUCGGACCGCAGGAAACGUGUAUUCACGAAGGCAGAAUGGCAGCUGCAUUCAACAUUCCAAUGAUAUCAUACUUUUGUACACAUCAUGAAACGUCGGAUAAGAAAGAGUUUGCAACAUUCGCGAGAACGCGACCUCCUGAUACGCAAAUUUCAAAAUCUGUUCUUUCAGUGUUGAUAGCAUUCAAUUGGACGAAAGUAACUUUCAUGUAUAUGAACUCGAGUAUAUACGAGUUCAAUAAAAUGUCCACGAUCGCGACGACGAUUCUAGCGUCUUUCGAAGCGGCUGGAAUUAAUGUAAACAUUCGAACUUGGAACGAACCUUAUUACGCUACGCACAUGACAAAUCCGUUCCACGAACAUGUUAGAAACACGUACCGUGAUACGCGAAUUUAUGUAAUACUUGGCCAUUAUUACGAACACAUGGGUCUCUUGAUGGCUCUGGACGAAAUGAACCUCUUGGAAAAAGGCGAGUAUUGGGUCGUGGGCGUUGACAUCGAGCAAUACGAUGAGGAACGACCUGAUAAAUACCUGCGCGGAUUGUGGCAAAAGGAAACAAAUUUGACUAUUGUGAAAGCGUAUCGCAGUUAUUUCAGUAUCGUCGCAUCCACUCCAAUUAACUUCAUGAACUUCACUCGACUAGUUAACGAGUACAGGCAGAAGCCGCCGUUUAAUUUUACAAAUCCGCUAGCACACGUUGGAGGAAUAGUUCAGGCAGUAGCGGAGACAGCAUACUUAUACGACGCGGUGCAUCUUUACGAAGCAUCGCUGCUGCGUGCGCUCAACGAGAAUCGGGAUCCUCGGAAUGGCCGGGAGAUGGUGUCAGCCCUACACGGUGUUCAUUAUCGCAGUGCUAUGGGAUACAUGGUAUAUAUGGAUGAGAAUGGGGAUGCUGAGGGCAAUUACACUUUGAUUGCAUUGGAUAAUCGACCUACAAAAGGCUAUGGACUUUAUCCGAUAGCGUAUUUUGUCGGAAAAGAGCCAGGCACAAAUUUGCCAAAACUUCAAUUAACUAAAGAAAUUUCGUGGUUUGGUGAUGGACCGCCGGUUGCAGAACCUUAUUGCGGGUAUCACGGUGAAAAAUGUAAUUCUUAUACAGGCGAAAUUGUGGGAGGCAUUGCCGGCACACUGUUGCUCAUUCUCGCAGCAGUCGUUCUAAUUCUCUAUAGAAACUGGAAGUACGAACAAGAAUUGGAUAGCCUACUGUGGAAGGUAAAUUACAAAGAUAUCCAGAUUAAGGAGCAGAAAGACGAAACGCGCGCGGCGGAGAUCAAUGAAGCGCCUAUCAAAUACAAUUCCAAGUCAUCCACCCACACACACAUAGCGCAACCCAUCGUGCGAACUAGUCAAGUGUCGCUAAGUUCGAAUCCUGACGCAGACUUCCGAUACUCAAUGAUUUAUACACAAAUUGGAGUGUACAAAGGACGAAUAUUUGCUAUUAAGAAAGUCAGGAAGAAAUCGAUUGAGAUCACGCGAGAAAUGAAAAAAGAACUGAAAAUGAUGCGCGAUGUCAGACACGAUAAUCUAAAUGCAUUUAUCGGUGCAUGCACCGAUCCACCGAAUAUAUGCAUCGUCGUGGAAUAUUGUGCGCGUGGUAGCCUCAAGGACAUAUUGGAAAAUGAAGACAUAAAAUUGGAUAAUAUGUUUAUGGCAUCUCUUGUCGGCGACAUCAUUAGAGGUAUGAUCUAUCUUCACGAGUCUGUGAUAAAAUAUCAUGGGUCGCUGAGCACAUCGAACUGUCUGGUGGAUUCGAGAUGGGUCGUAAAGCUGGCGGAUUUUGGCCUGCAUGAAUUUAAACGAGACGCGGAAUGUGAUCCUUCUGAUGUUAUAAAAAAAUAUCACGCAUUAUUAUAUAAAGCGCCUGAAUUAUUACGUUCAACUCGUCUCGGAGAACCAACUGCUCGUGGUUUUCAAAGAGCUGACGUUUAUUCGUUUGCAAUAGUAUUAUACGAAUUGCAAGGACGACACGGGCCAUUCGGCAUCACAGAAUUAUCGGCAGCCGAAAUAUUAAAAAAAAUAAUCGCAAAAGAUCCUGGAACAACACCAUUCAGACCUCCAUUAGAUCAAUUGGAAAAUACGUUCGAUUUUGUUCGUGACUGUUUGCUGGAGUGCUGGGCGGAAAAUCCAGACUUACGCCCGGAAUUUAAGAUCAUAAGAAACAAGUUACGACCGUUGCGAAAGGGAAUGAAAGCGAAUAUUUUUGACAACAUGAUGGCGAUGAUGGAAAAAUAUGCGAAUAAUCUGGAAGUACUUGUUGAUGAACGCACAGAUCAAUUAAGUGAAGAAAAGAAAAAAACUGAUGCGUUAUUGUAUGAAAUGUUACCGCGUUACGUAGCUGAACAAUUGAAGAAAGGACAUAAGGUUGAAGCUGAAAGUUUCGACUGCGUAACGAUUUAUUUUAGCGAUAUUGUUGGUUUUACGUCCAUGUCUGCGGAAAGCACACCAUUGCAAGUGGUGGAUUUUUUAAACGAUCUUUACACGUGUUUCGAUUCAACAAUAGAAAAUUAUGAUGUGUAUAAAGUGGAAACAAUAGGCGAUGCAUACAUGGUCGUAAGCGGUUUACCAAUAAGAAACAAUAUUCAACAUGCUGGUGAGAUAGCGAGCAUGUCAUUGUGCCUUCUAGAUGCCAUUAAACAGUUCACUAUUCGACACCGACCGCUCGAUAAAUUGCAACUUCGCAUAGGAAUUCAUUCCGGACCGGUAUGCGCAGGUGUAGUUGGGCUUAAAAUGCCACGUUAUUGCUUAUUCGGCGAUACAGUGAACACGGCUAGUCGCAUGGAGUCCACAGGAUUACCGCUUAAAAUUCACUGUAGCAGCGAAACGAAGCAAUUGCUCGACGAGCUGAGAGGAUUCAGCCUUGUAGAACGCGGCGUAAUUUCCAUGAAAGGCAAGGGUGAACGUCUGACGUACUGGUUAAUCGGGGAGGAUCCGAUUUUACGUAGCAAACGUAACAAGGAAAGAGUAAGCAAACGAAACGGUUGUAGCAAGAAGACUAGCGCGACCGAUUCUUCGGUACCUCGAAGCUCUCUGAAGAACAAAUCUCUCGUCAGAUCGACUUUCAUGAGAUGUUCCAGCGAGUCUCCGAAACGUUUGCGAUUCGCCAGCUCGGACCAGCUCGAUCAAAAGAGCUCCAGAGCGAAUAGUCAAUUAGAAUCAAUAGUUGAUAACAGCCCUUGCAAGACAAAAACCUCGUGCGCGAUACGAUCGUCCUGUAUGGAGAGCUGGAGAUCUUCCAGCAACUCCUGUCCCUGCGUCGAAAAGCUUUGCGAUCAGGAGGCUCAGCCAGAACUAAUGGAACAUACACUGCUAUUGAACAUCAAGAACGCGCCGACGCAACAAACUAACCCGAUUGUUGGCAACGAAUCCUGUCUUCUACAAGCUGGAACCAAAACCUUCCUCUUUGGUACACCCGGAAUACUACAAGUCACUUGCAGAUCCGCACCUAGCAGCCCUAGACACAGCACGACGGUGUUGAACGCGCAAAAGAGAGCGGCGCAAUCUAACGAAGAAAUUGAUGGAUGGGACGCGAUUACGCCACUGAUCUAUUAUCCAGAUAGCCGCUUAGAUUAAAAGACUUAAGUGUGAUCGGCAUGAAUAAAAUCGAGCAUGAUAUCAAAGAAUCAAUAUUUAUAUAAUAGAUACGAUUAAUGAACUAUCACACUUAGGAAUAUACAAUUUUUAACGAAAUAACUUUUUAUCAGCUUUUAAAAGCUUUCUUUCUACAUUUUGAGAAAUUAUUUAGAUGAUAUUGGCUGAAACAUAAAUAUGUCGAGCCGUAGAAAAAUAUUUAUAACUUGACAAUCGAGAAUCUUGCAAACGAUAUCGCCGAAUUUGCAUCGAUAAAUUGCCAAUUAUAAUUUUGUGUUGAUAUAUUGUCUAACGGAGACUUUCUCGCUUAUAGUACACAAUGUACCAAAGCGCACUGUACGUACAAACAAGAUACUUUACACAAGUUUACGUAUUAUUUAUAGUUAAUGCAAAAAAAUGACAGUAUAUCAACAUAAUAAUAGUAUAUUCCGUACAUUUUUUAGCAUAGACAACGUAAAAAGGCUCGUGCUUCUUAAGUAAAUGUCUAGUCAAUGUUACCUUUAAGUACUAUAUUCAUUUGUCUUCGAAUAUUUCUAUAUACGCGCUAUCAAAUACUAUUAUAUAAAAUAUAGAAGGUUGAUCCUUCUAACAUUGUAUCAUUAUCGAUGUUUGUCCACAACCAGUAGACAAGGUAACAAAAAUUUAUGAAUAUUCUCAUGUAUUUUUCAGAAUCCUAACCUAUCGAUAUAUUAUUAUU